UAAAUAAAAAAACGCCCGAACCCUUCGCCGCCGAAGCCUUCGCCGCAACCUCUCCACAAUAGUUCUGCCUCUCUUCACUAUCGUCGUCGUCGCCGGACUCCUCUCUACCUCUCGGCACUCACCGCCACCAGCCGUAGGAAUCCUCUCCGCCUCUCUGCACUGAUCAUCGCCGGCCGCACGACUCCACUCCGCCUCUCCGCACUCGCCGUCGCUGCAAGACUUCCUUCCAUCUUUCCGUAUCAUAGGACCACAGCAAGAGUAAGCAAGCCCUUUGAUAGCCACUCCACACUCUACAUCAAGCCAAAAGCUCAAAGCAAAGGUCAUUACAUAGCUUUCAAAGGAUGAGUAAAAUGGUUAAAAAACGUGGCAAAGGAUCUGUAGCUGAAAUUCAGGAAAAUAUAACUAAUAAGUUAUCGAGAAUGGACUCUAACAAUUCAGCUAAUUCAUCAGAAGAUUUGCAUGGUAAAGAACCAAUUGCUGAUGAGAAAAUUGAUAAGAAAAAAGGACGGGGUGCGUCAAAGUUGAAAAUGGUUAGCGGCCAAGACAAGCGCAAAGAGCUGGAGCGUAAUGAGUUUGGUCAGCCGAUUGGAGAUAAUUCAGUGAAGUACGCUUCUUUCCUAGGUUGCAUGAUAAAGGAAUUUGUGCCAUAUACAUUAGAUGGAUGGAGUGAUAUUGAUGAAGAAGUGAAAGAUAGGAUGUGGAGUUGUCUUCAAAUGACUUAUAAAGUUGAGGAUUGGGAAAAGAAAACAAUUUUUCAAAAGUUAGCUAAAUUGUGGCGUGAUAGAAAAUCCAAAUUGCAAAUACUUGUACGAGAAGCUAAUACAAGUCGAGUGGCUUCACGAGAUCUCAGUUUGUUGAAGCCUGAAUUUAUGGACCAAAAUCAGUGGGACUUGUUUGUACAGAGGACAUUAUCAUCUACCUUUCAAGAAAAGAGUGCAAGAUUUAGAGCAAUGAGGGAAAAACAAGACCACAUUCACACAAUGAGUCGGAGGGGCUAUGCUCGUUUGACUCACAUUAUGGAAAAGACAAGUCCGAUGGAUACAAAAAUUACGAGAUCGCAAGUUUGGAUUGAAGGUCACAAGAGAAAAAAUGGGGAGCCCAGUACUCAAGCCGUUGGAGAGAAAAUGAAAAAAAUAUUAGAAUGUCCACCCGAAUCUCAAAACAAAACUAAUAUUGUUGAUGAUGCAAUUAGCAUUGUGUUUGGCAAUGAAGCUCGGGGUAGAGUGCGUGGAAUGGGCUUUGGAGUAACACCAUCGAAAGUUGGAGCUUCAAUGCAACAAAAUGGAAUGGUUCAACAACUUCAAACUAUAGUACAAAAUGUUCAACAACAAAUGCAGGAAAUGAGGCAACAAAAUCAACUAGAAAUGCAAGAAAUGAGGUCUAUGUUUUUACAAAGUAUGAGACAACAAAAUCAUCCAGAACAGCUUCUGCAUACUCAUGACAUUCCUCCAAGUUGUUGAUUAAUUCAGAUGUGUAGUAUCAAAUGCAACUCAGCAGAGGAUUGAACUCUGAUUUCAUAUUACAGAUUUUUCACAAUUGCAGCAGAAAAGUUCUUCAACAGCAUUAGCAGUUGGCAUCUGAAACUCAUCCACAACAGCAACUUGAUUUAGUUACAAUUUCAGAUUUAAGAAUUCUGAAAUUUCUGGUUUUAGUUUCUGCAUUCCAGCAGUUCUAACAAUUCUCAAUUCUAUCCUGCAGCUUGAUCACAGAAUUUAUCCUUCAAUCACCACAUCUCCAAAAUCAGUAAUUCAAAUUGAUUCAGUCUUCUCUUGUUUCAAACUUUUCUUGCAUUUCUCCUUGAAAGCAAAUGGAUUUGCGAGAACAAGAACUUCACUUAAACUUCUUCUGAUUAAAGAUUUGCAAGAAAACUUGGCACAAAAUUCUGCACUUAGCACUGCAACUAAAUUUCAGCAUUCCAAAAACUUCUUAAGAUGUUGAGUGUAUCUCCAUAGUAUCAACUUCCAAAAUUCCAAACUAUUGAAACUUGCUCUUUCCAAGAAUAGACUCAAAGAACAAUUAGAUUUAGCAUUCAAUGCAAAAAACCAUCCAAAACCUUCAACAUCUUCAAAUGUAUACAAAUAUCUCCCCCACACUUGAACUUUUACCCAUCUUGCAAAAAUCAAACUCAUCAAGAAUUCAACCAAAACUCUAAAUAAAAUAGAGCAAGCAAAGGUAAUAAAAGGAUAAAAUGCAAGAGGAAAUUGUUUUAAGAGAAUUAUGAAGAAAGGAAUUAGAAUUAAUAAGGGAUCAAGAAUGAAAACAAUCCUUCAUUUCCAUGCACACUCAUGCUAUUGUGACUUUGAAAAGAAGCUAAGCAAGUUCUAGAGUUCAAUUGCUAUG